GCGGCGAGACUCUCUGACGUCGCGCGGCGUUUCCUGCCCACCAUCUUUGUCCCUGGCAAAGCGGGUUUUGCGCAGUGGCUUAGACCUGGAAAAGGAGUCGUGACGUGCAGGAAACCAUUCCAACACCGCUGGGGCCGCGCUCUCCGGCCGCCGCCGCCACCCCCGCCCUUGCCUCCGGUGCACAUUAAAGAGCCAACACCAUGACUGACUCCAAGUACUUCACAACCAAUAAAAAAGGAGAAAUCUUUGAAUUAAAGGCUGAACUCAACAAUGAAAAGAAAGAAAAACGGAAGGAGGCUGUGAAGAAAGUGAUUGCUGCUAUGACUGUGGGGAAGGAUGUCAGCUCUCUCUUUCCAGAUGUAGUGAACUGUAUGCAGACUGACAACCUGGAACUAAAGAAGCUGGUGUAUCUCUACUUGAUGAACUAUGCCAAGAGUCAGCCAGACAUGGCCAUUAUGGCUGUCAACAGCUUUGUGAAGGACUGUGAAGAUCCCAAUCCUCUGAUUCGGGCCUUGGCAGUUAGAACCAUGGGAUGCAUCCGAGUGGACAAGAUCACAGAAUAUCUCUGUGAGCCUCUCCGAAAGUGCUUGAAGGAUGAAGAUCCCUAUGUUCGGAAAACAGCAGCAGUCUGCGUGGCAAAACUCCAUGAUAUCAAUGCCCAAAUGGUGGAAGAUCAGGGAUUUCUGGAUUCUCUGCGGGAUCUCAUAGCAGAUUCAAAUCCAAUGGUGGUGGCUAAUGCUGUAGCAGCAUUAUCUGAAAUCAGUGAAUCUCACCCAAAUAGCAACUUACUUGAUCUGAACCCACAGAACAUUAAUAAGCUGCUGACAGCCCUGAAUGAGUGCACUGAAUGGGGCCAGAUUUUCAUCCUGGACUGCCUGUCCAAUUACAACCCUAAAGAUGACCGGGAAGCUCAGAGCAUCUGUGAGCGGGUAACUCCCCGGCUAUCUCAUGCCAACUCAGCAGUGGUGCUUUCAGCAGUAAAAGUCCUAAUGAAAUUUCUAGAGUUGUUACCCAAGGACUCUGACUACUACAAUAUGCUGCUGAAGAAGUUGGCCCCUCCGCUUGUCACUUUGCUGUCUGGGGAGCCAGAGGUGCAGUAUGUCGCCCUGAGGAACAUCAACCUAAUUGUUCAGAAAAGGCCUGAAAUCUUAAAGCAGGAAAUCAAAGUCUUCUUUGUGAAGUAUAAUGAUCCCAUCUAUGUUAAACUAGAGAAGUUGGACAUCAUGAUUCGUUUGGCAUCUCAAGCCAAUAUUGCUCAGGUUCUGGCAGAGCUAAAGGAAUAUGCCACGGAGGUGGAUGUUGACUUUGUUCGAAAAGCUGUGCGGGCCAUUGGAAGGUGUGCCAUCAAGGUGGAGCAAUCUGCAGAACGUUGUGUGAGCACGUUGCUUGAUCUCAUCCAAACCAAAGUAAAUUAUGUGGUCCAAGAGGCGAUAGUUGUCAUCAGGGACAUCUUCCGCAAGUAUCCCAACAAGUAUGAAAGUAUCAUUGCCACUCUGUGUGAGAACUUAGACUCGCUGGAUGAACCAGACGCUCGAGCAGCUAUGAUUUGGAUUGUGGGAGAAUAUGCUGAACGAAUUGACAAUGCAGAUGAGUUACUAGAGAGCUUCCUGGAGGGUUUUCAUGAUGAGAGCACCCAGGUGCAGCUCACUCUGCUUACUGCCAUAGUGAAGCUGUUUCUCAAAAAACCAUCAGAAACACAGGAGCUGGUACAGCAGGUCUUGAGUUUGGCAACACAGGAUUCUGAUAAUCCUGACCUUCGAGAUAGGGGCUAUAUUUAUUGGCGGCUUCUCUCAACCGACCCUGUCACAGCCAAAGAAGUAGUCUUGUCUGAGAAGCCACUGAUCUCUGAGGAGACAGAUCUUAUUGAGCCAACUCUGCUGGAUGAGCUAAUCUGCCACAUUGGUUCUUUGGCCUCUGUGUACCACAAGCCUCCCAAUGCUUUUGUGGAAGGAAGUCACGGAAUCCAUCGCAAACACUUGCCAAUACAUCAUGGGAGCACUGAUGCAGGUGACAGCCCUGUUGGCACCACCACUGCCACCAACCUGGAACAGACUCAGGUUAUUCCCUCUCAAGGUGACCUUCUAGGGGACCUUUUAAACCUUGAUCUCGGUCCACCAGUCAAUGUGCCACAGGUAUCCUCCAUGCAGGUGGGAGCAGUGGAUCUCUUGGGAGGAGGACUAGAUAGUCUGCUUGGCAGUGACCUUGGCGGGGGCAUUGGAGGAAGUCCGGCAGUGGGACAGUCCUUCAUUCCAUCAUCAGUGCCUGCAACCUUUGCUCCUUCACCUACUCCUGCUGUGGUCAGCAGUGGUCUGAAUGAUCUAUUUGAACUCUCUACAGGGAUAGGCAUGGUACAUGGCGGAUAUGUGGCUCCUAAGGCUGUCUGGCUGCCUGCAGUAAAGGCCAAAGGCUUGGAGAUUUCUGGAACGUUUACUCAUCGUCAGGGGCACAUCUAUAUGGAAAUGAAUUUCACCAACAAAGCUCUGCAGCAUAUGACAGACUUUGCAAUCCAGUUUAACAAGAAUAGCUUUGGCGUCAUCCCUAGCACUCCUCUGGCCAUCCAUACACCAUUGAUGCCAAAUCAGAGCAUUGAUGUCUCCCUGCCUCUCAACACCUUGGGUCCAGUCAUGAAGAUGGAACCUCUGAAUAACCUACAGGUAGCUGUGAAAAACAAUAUUGAUGUCUUCUACUUCAGCUGCCUCAUCCCACUCAAUGUGCUUUUUGUAGAAGAUGGCAAAAUGGAGCGCCAGGUCUUUCUUGCAACAUGGAAGGAUAUUCCCAAUGAAAAUGAACUUCAGUUCCAGAUUAAGGAAUGUCAUUUAAAUGCUGACACUGUUUCCAGCAAGUUGCAAAACAACAAUGUUUAUACUAUUGCCAAGAGGAAUGUGGAAGGGCAGGACAUGCUGUACCAAUCUCUGAAGCUCACUAAUGGCAUUUGGAUCUUGGCUGAGCUACGUAUCCAGCCUGGAAACCCCAACUAUACGCUGUCGCUGAAGUGCAGAGCUCCUGAAGUCUCUCAGUACAUCUAUCAGGUCUACGACAGCAUUUUGAAAAACUAAUAGACUGCUCUGGUGCCCUCCGGCCACCCUGUGAUCGGUGCAAGCCAAGAACUCUUAACUAGAAGAAAUUGUUUUGCCGAGUAGAAGCUGAACCUAAAUACACUGAGGCCACCCACCAAGGUAGUGACUAGUCUAACCUGUGCUAAAUUAGGCCGCAACCUGUUGGAUAGUGUUAGCUUUCUGUGAACUUUGUAACCACUGCUUCAGUCACUUCCCACCUUUGCCUCCUGCUGCUGCUGUCUGUCCUUACCUGUGGGCUUCUCCAUACUGGGCCAAUGGCUGGCAUAUUUUAGCGUAGUUUGAUAUUUUGUAAUUGAGAGUUCAUUUCAAAAGCAGAAAAAGACAAAAAAUAUUAAAGCAAGGAAAAGUGUCA